CUAUGAUUUCUCCAUACUUGCCGAAGUAACUGUUGAAUGUCUCUGGAACCAAGUCAUCAAAUUCUGAAUGAGGACAAAGAAGGAAAAAAAAACACAUAUACAUCCACAAUGGCAGGAAAAAAUGCCAUUAUGAUUCCUGAGGAGAAUGUAGAAUUAUCUUUCAGAUACCAACUUCUAAAUAUCCCUUUCCAUCUAAUAUUAAUGAUAUAUAUUGAGGCAGGCAAGCAGGCAGCCAUGUUAACAACUAAAUUAUGUACAGUAUUCAUGGUUAUUUAUUUGGGUUACUCAUGGCAGCUGAUAAGAGUUUGCUACAUGCACAAUAUCCAUGGUGGGACUUCAUGAAAAAAAACAAUACUUUCAUUGAUUAAAUAAGAGCGUACAAACCACUUCAUCCCUCUCUCACAUCUAGAGAAAAGAAAUUUGCCUUCAAACGCCAAGGAAAAUAAUAUGGAAAAUGAAUAAUCCUAUGAACAAUUUUCUCGCCAUAAAGGUGGAGUAAAAUCUCUUGGAAAAGCACAAAAAUGUGGGGAAACAACCCAUUUUCACGUGUCAAUCUCAUAACUACUCGCUUAAAUUGUAUAAUUCUAACAGCAACAUGCACAUGCCAUCACCAUCACCAAUGUUACCACCACCUCUACUAAGCCACCACUACCAUCAUCAUCCCACCAUCGUUACCAUCAUCAUCCCACCAUCGUUACCAUCACCACC